GCAACCACAUGGACUGCAAAGAUCUCAAGAUGGAACAUCUACCUUCUCUUGCCGAGUUCGAGACCCUUCUACAAGAGGACAGUUUGUUUAGAGACUACUUCAACACAUUCCUGAACCUACCAGUGUUUGCAAAAAGGCUGACUUACUGUUGCGACACUCGCAAGUUCCUGAUUGAGCCCAGAGUUGACCAUUUGCUGCAGGAGAGUGAUGUGUUGUCAUGGGCACUCUGCACACGCUUUCCUCUGUUUUGGUCCUCCGACCUUCAUCUAGAGUACAGACUAUCGCUAAGGCUGACCAAAGCCAAUCCAUUAGCUGCUGCAGACGUAUGCAGUGUAUCAGCAAUGGACAAGUUUCGCAAGUGUGUCUGCCAAACAGAGGGAGAAAGUUUGUGGCUUUUCUGGAAGGAUAUUGAGAGAUUAAAGAUCGCUAAAGACAAGCAAUUGGCUGUCAAAAUAUUCCAUUAUAUUCAAUUGACGUACUUGCAAAAUGGAGCUCUAGUUACUCUCCCAAAGUGUGUCAAAGAGCAAGCUGUUUUGUCUCUGAGAACUGAGUGUAGAAGUGAACUGCUGUUUAAUGCACAAGAACUUGCAUUGGAAGAGUUGAUAAAAUACUGGUCCCUACGAUACAACAUUCACUCUAAAGAUUUUUGUAAGAACAUUUCACAAACAUUUUCUAAAGAGCUUGGUUGCGACAAGACUUAUUCUGAACAACACCAAGCAUUAUUGCCGUUAGCCUCGAUCCCAGGCCACACUUCCUCUGAGAGUGACAAUGGGAGGCCUGUGAAGGAGGCUAUAUUGCCGUGUACUAAAAGCAACACAGGAGACAACCAACUACCAAAGAAAGUGUCACACAUCAAGUUGAAGAGACUUAGUCUACCCACACUAGUAGUAACCGAUGAUGAGAAAGAGGCUACAAAGAUAAAACAGAAGUGUGCGAUGCCUCUCAUCACUCCGAGCACUCAGUCCUUCCUCCCCCUUUCAACUGAGCAAAGUUCUAACCUCCUCCUACAAGACCUGCCCACCCUCCCCUACCUCUGUGCUUUCCUACGAACAGACUCGUUGUCCGAGAGACCUUUCCUUCACUACCUGAACGAGCACGCACGUCCAGCGUGCUCUCAUCUGCUGUUCUGGCAAUCAGUGGAGGUCCUGCUAGCUCAAGAUGAAAUGAAGAGAUGGUGUACAAGAAAUCCUUCACAGCGUUGUGAUCAACUGGUGUUCUUUGAAGAGUAUCCGGUUGCUAGAGACCUUUGUCAGUUGGUAGAGAUGUUCCUGGGAGGUCAUGCCCCCUACAGAGUGGAGCUGCCACAGAAUGUUUUGAGAAGAGAGUUGUGUGCAUUGGUGGAGAGGGGACUUGGUCAUAACCUUCUGCUGACUGUGCAGGAACACUCUGCAAAAAUGUUGUUCACCCUCUGGCAGGCAUAUCUAUUGGAGGACCACCGAUCAUUUAUUAUCUCCUGUACUCCAAAGAAGACUCUGAGGCAGAGUCCGACUCUGGAGUGCUCUCCAUCACCAGGACAACUAUUGGAGACGGUGUUCAAUCCCCCCUCUCUACACUCUGCAUGGAGGGCACUACGGUAUGCUGAAGCUGCCAAAUAUAAUGGAAUCCACCUUCUCCCCUCUCGAUGCUAUUCUCCCACCCUCCUCCUGACCCCGCCCACAGCUCAAGACAAGUCCAUCCUAGAUAUAGCGUGCGCUGAGUCUCCACCACCUGUAGACGAUGAUGCUCUCAGUCUCAUGGUCACCUCUCAGUGUGAUGCACUGACUUGGAAACGCACCAAGCUCACACGUACCCUUUGCUAUACUACUACACAGCAAUUCGACACCAAUAGCCCACCAAUACCAUUUCACAUGCUGGAGAUACUCAACAACCCUAACCAGCUGGAGUUCUUCCGUCACUACUUGUUCAUGCAUGGCCUCGAUGCUUUGCUACCCCUACAAUUCUGGAUGGCUGUAGAGGAGAUAAAGUUGGCAGAGACACUGGGAAAAAUGAAAUUUGUCUCCUACAAAAUACGACAGAUCCAAGAGAGAUUCCUCGUGGGAAAAGAAACUGGUUCUCUGUUGAGCACUCACCCAGUUUUCCUUGAACUCUCCAAGUAUAAUCGUCUGUCUGUUCAGCAGCUGAUACAAGCGCAAGAGGAUAUCGUGAGGAGUCUGGAAAAGAAAUGGUUAAAAGAUUAUGUAGCUUACCUGAAUUCAAAAGUAAAGGAGGUCGCUGCCAAGGCAGAGUCGAAGAGGCCCCUUAGCAAACGCAAUACAAGAGGAUUGUGGACGAUGUUUGUUCAUAACGUCAUCAGUUUUCGUCGAGGUCUGAUGAGCGUGGACACUGCUAAGCAGUUCAGAGAGUACUUGAGAAAUGAAGCCGUUAAAGGAUACUCAGGACAAGCAAAGAUUGUCAUCGGCGCUCGAGUUAUUCACGUCACCAAGCUACUCUGCGAUCUUUCGUUCUGGGCCGAGGUUGAAAGGUACAAGGAUUUGAUGGACUUGUUAUGGACAGGCAAGCAGAAGGGAUGUCUUACACCUGAAGAUGACAUCAUGCUUCACAAAAAAGCUAUUGCCAUUGUUAACUGUUACAUCGACUCCUCCGUAGCCCCAAAAGUGCAGAUCAAUAUACCUUCCAACCUGGUUACCGGCAUCCUGCAAAGUGUAUCUAAAGGGCAGGUUACUAGAGGCCUCUUCCACAAGGCAGCUCUGAGCAUCUUCUCAGUCCUCAUACUCUUCUGGAAGCGCUUCUGUAUCUAUCGGUUUUCCCCUAAGAAGAGGUUGUCUGUGGCUCGUAAGCAGAGUCGCUCCAUCGUCCCAGUGAACACCAUUCGAGUGAGAAAUGAACAUCAAUAUCACGCCCACCACUUCUGGGAUGGUGGUCCUAUCCUGUCGUAUAAUAUGAUUCGUGGGGUUAAAUGGUUAUUCCCCCCAAAGGCGUCCCAACCAUCUGCAGAGAAAGAGCAAGAUAGCAAGAACACUAGCAAGAACACUAGCAGGUCUACAGUAGUAGCACCAGCUCAUUGAAUUUGUAGCUACAUUAUAAUUAUAUUAUUUUCAUAGAGAUUAUGUAUGGAUAAGUGAUUUUGUUGCAUCAUUAAGUCAUGCAGUGGUA